UACGUCUCCACACAACACUAGGAACAAGCUAGAAGCAUGGAGGUAGACAAGGUACCUAGGUACCUACCUAGUUAUGGAGGGCUGAACCCAGAGCUACUAACUCGUCGCGGUCAAUGCUUCUUGGCGUUCAUGCAGGCUGAAGGCCGGAGCAAACAGUCAUAGGUGAACAAGUCAGCUGACUUCGUGAUGCGACACUCAAGUUUGCCCCACCACAGUGGCGUCGUCAUAUCGCGCGUUCCACGGACGUUCCGUCAGCCAUUCAAGGCUUCUACCAUCAAAUCAAUCUUUCAUUUGUCACCAAACGCAAUGGUUAUAUGCUAGAUUCCGAGGGGACUAAAUCAUUUGAUCGCAUAUACCCAUUGUCACCGUAUCGUACUUGCAGCCGAUUUCGGCUUUGUAAUCUGGUCUGUCAAGAUGCCCAUCGGCAUACAACGCCUCAAUGCGAAAAGGUCACAACCAAACCCACAUGUCAUCUUCAUAAAGCCAUUAAAGGGAUCAAAUGAAGCUACUGCGCAGGAUUUUCUAGAGCGUGUUGCAGCGCAAUGCGUACCAAUAAUGAAAGAGCAUAGCAUAUCCAUCAUGUCACUCGAAGAGUACGAGCCAAACCGCGAGUUCUGGGGCCGCAACUUCAACGCGGGUGAGGUCAUUCAGCUCGUGCUCCGCUCCCCGCUGACGGGCCGCUGGCUGCCGUUUGAGCACGUGCAGAUGGUGAUGAUGCACGAGCUCGCACACUGCAAGCAGAUGAACCACUCGCGUGCCUUUUGGGCCGUGCGAAACCUGUAUGCCGACCAGAUGCGCACCCUUUGGGGUCGGGGCUACACCGGAGAGGGCCUAUGGGGUCGCGGUACGUUGCUCAAGACGGGCGACUGGGAGGCCAACACAGUGCUGCCAGAUGAGCCACUGCCCGAGCACCUGUGCGGCGGCACGUACCGGUCGCGGAGGCGGAAACGUAAAGGCCCGGAGCUGACGUAUCAGCAGAAGAAGGAGCGCAGGAUCUUGAAGAAGUUUGGCAAGGGCGGGGUGGCGUUGGGUGAGGAUGUGGGCGUCAAGGCUGAGCUGGAGAAGGGCAAACGGACGGCCGCGAAGCCGAGAGUUGCAGGCAGCAAGCGUGGAAGGGAGCUGAGGGCAGCGGCUGCAUUGGCGCGGUUCGGGCAACAGCAGAAGAGUGAAGAGCCGGAACCGGUGGUAAAGAAGGAGAAGAAACAGACCCAGUUAAAGACCGAGCCGAUCACCAUCAAGGACGAGGAAGACAUUUCUACUGCUUCCGAACCCGACUCUGACGAGGAUUACGAGGAUGAGCCGGGUGAACCGGGACUCCCGGAUGCGGUCGACAUUGACGGCAAGACGACUCUUGUAGACAACAAGGGUCACGGCAUGGUCAAGGUCUGCGAGGAUGAGAAUCCAGAUGAUCAGGAUGCUAGGCAAGAACUGGCAGAGUUGCGGUCGACAUUCAGGGGGAAGGCUUCAGCUGCUGGGCCGUCAAAGGGGAAACUACAGCAGCCGAUUGUCAUCAAGGAAGAGGAUAUUUCUACUGCUUCGGAGCCAGAUACCGACGAUGAGGGGCCCAAAACGACGUUAAACACGACAACUCCACUCACCGGCGAUCAACCGAGUAUCAUUGGUGGCAAAAUUCAAACACCAAGUGACCGACCGAAUCGCAAAGUAGCCCCUCAGACUAGCAGCGCGUCCCCGGCACUGAAAGCAGAAAAACCACCAAGUCAUGAUACGCCUAAAGCCAAGACUGUGAAAGCAUCACAGCCUUCACCGCCUCUCCCCCAAAUGUCCGCUGAUUUGCCAGCCUUGGGGUCAUCAUCCACAACUCCCACAGGAGCCAAUGGCCACGAUCCUUCUGCUGCUUGCUCAGUCUGCUCAUUCGCCAACGAGCGAGGAUCUUUUCGAUGUGCGGUCUGCUCCAAUGUACUGGACCCAGGCCUCGACGCCAGGUCUUGGCGCUGUAGCAGUGAUGCCUGCGCGGGCAGCGUGUAUGUCAAUGCUGGCGACUGUGGCGUCUGUGGUGUUUGCGGGCAACGGAAGAGUUCCGGGGUGUAGAUAAGCUCGAUUUGUUACUGAAAUUACUCGGAAGAGCGCGCCCGGCUUGCUUUACUGCAACAGGAGAAUGAUGUAGAAAAAAAAAAAGAACAACCUAAGCAAUGCGUGCUAAAAAUGAUCAUCGAGAUACAUUGUCAAGUUUGUCAACAGCAUUCAAUUGUGGGCUGGGCAGGCACGAGAUCGACAUAUUCAGGGAGCUGGUUUUACUUUCAUUGGUUGGAUGCCGUUUUGUGUCGAGGAUACUACGAGCCCUAAUCCGGGUUGCCAGACUCGACUACCGAUAGCAAUCCUACAUUGCUACUUGGCAGAUAACAACUGGCAUCAACCAGUCAUAGGCUUCGGAUUGCCUGUCCAAUGUGCUCCAGUGAUUAUGGGCUACUUUUGAAGGUAAACGUCGCUUGCUGAGUACUCGAUACUGCAAUACGGAAAGGAAAUAUAGUACUCUGCUCAGGUGGCGCUGCUAAAAAGGGAGUUGUCGGAGAAUUAUUACGACGCUUGGAGGUAAAUACAUGUUGAUUGCGUCACCGCCACACUACCACUUAAGGCAUUGCAGUCUACGGGCGUAUUGCUAAA